UGGCGGGACUCGGCCGCGUGCGCUUUCCCGCCCUCGUCCCGCCCUGCGCCAUCGGCAGGGCUGUCUCCUGAGCUGUAGGCUUUCUCCGCGCGCUCCUCCUCGGUUUCUCCCCAAGUCCAGGCUCCGCCUCUUUCCCUCCUCCAGGGCAGCCUCAGCCCGCUCCUGUCUUCUCUGCCUCUGCUACUUCUGCUGAAGGAGGAGGCUCCAUGUUGUCCCCUCAGCGAACUGCAGCGGUGGCAUCGAGAGGAGCAGGUGAUGCCAUGGAAAAUGGAAAACCUGGUCCAGUGCAGGUUGUUUUGGUUCAUAAAGAACAACAUUCCUUUGAGCUAGAAGAGAGAGCCUUGGCCAGCAUCCUCCUCCAAGACCAUAUCCGAGAUCUUGAUGUGGUGGUAGUAUCAGUGGCUGGUGCUUUUCGCAAGGGCAAAUCCUUCAUUCUGGACUUUAUGCUUCGAUACUUAUAUUCUCAGAAGGAAGGUGGUCAUUCAAAUUGGUUGGGUGACCCAGAAGAACCACUGACAGGAUUUUCAUGGCGAGGAGGCUCUGAUCCAGAAACUACUGGGAUUCAGAUUUGGAGUGAAGUUUUCACUGUGAAGAAGCCAUGUGGAAAAAAGGUUGCAGUUGUUCUGAUGGAUACCCAGGGGGCCUUUGACAGCCAGUCCACUGUGAAGGACUGUGCUACCAUUUUUGCUCUAAGCACUAUGACUAGUUCUGUUCAGAUUUACAAUUUGUCCCAGAAUAUUCAGGAAGAUGAUCUUCAGCAGCUACAGCUCUUCACAGAAUAUGGCCGUCUGGCAAUGGAUGAAAUUUUCCAAAAACCUUUCCAGACACUGAUGUUUUUGAUUCGAGACUGGAGUUUCCCUUAUGAAUAUAACUAUGGACUGCAAGGAGGAAUGGCAUUUUUGGAUAAGCGUUUACAUGUGAAGGAACAUCAACAUGAAGAAAUUCAGAAUGUGCGAAAUCAUAUUCAUUCAUGUUUCUCCGAUGUCACCUGUUUUCUCUUACCACAUCCAGGGCUCCAGGUGGCCACAAGCCCCAACUUUGAUGGGAAAUUGAAAGAUAUUGCUAGUGAAUUCAAAGACCAGUUACAGGCUCUAAUACCAUAUGUACUAAAUCCAUCUAAAUUAAUGGAGAAGGAGAUCAAUGGUUCAAAAGUCACCUGCCGGGGACUGUUGGAAUAUUUUAAGGCAUAUAUUAAAAUUUACCAAGGAGAAGAUCUGCCUCACCCGAAAUCCAUGCUUCAGGCCACUGCUGAAGCCAAUAAUUUGGCAGCUGCAGCCUCUGCCAAAGAUAUUUAUUACAACAACAUGGAAGAGAUUUGUGGGGGAGAGAAACCUUAUUUGUCGCCAGACAUUUUAGAAGAGAAGCACCUAGAAUUCAAACAACUUUCUCUGGACCACUUUAAGAAGAUCAAAAAGAUGGGUGGGAAGGAUUUCAGCUUCCGUUACCAGCAGGAGCUGGAGGAGGAAAUCAAAGAACUGUAUGAGAACUUCUGCAAGCACAAUGGCAGCAAGAAUGUCUUCAGCACCUUCCGAACCCCUGCAGUUCUGUUCACAGGCAUAGCAGCAUUGUACAUAGCCUCGGGCUUCACUGGCUUCAUUGGGCUUGAGGUUGUGGCCCAGCUGUUCAACUGUAUGGUUGGACUGCUCUUAAUAGCACUCCUUACCUGGGGUUACAUCAGAUAUUCCGGGCAGUAUCGUGAGCUGGGUGGAGCUAUUGACUCCGGUGCAGCGUAUGUGUUAGAGCAGGCUUCUUCUCAUAUUGGUAAUUCUACUCAGGCUGCAGUAAGGGAUGCUGUUGUUGGGAGACCACCUGCUGAUAAAAAAUCUCAAUAGCAUCUUAAUGGGAAGAUCCAACAAGAGCCCAGUCAGCUUCUGGAUUUCUGCCAAUGCCAUCACGGGUCUAAUUCCAGAGGAAUGGCAGAUCUGAGACCAUUCUGGAAGAUCUGAGACAGGGCACUGUAAUAAAUGAACUGACUUCUGCUGUGGUUUCCAAGUCCA